AUGGCGUCCUCGGUUGAUGAGGUGCCUGCAGAAGCUCCUGUCAUGACUCUUGAUCGUGUCGACAAGACGAGGACAAGCGCUUCAGAGAGCUCGAGCAAGCCGCCAGCCAAGCGAAAUCGAAUCCAGCUCAGCUGCAUGCAGUGUCGCCAAGCCAAGCUGAAAUGCGAUCGAGAAAGGCCGUGUUCACAGUGUAUCAAGAAAGGACGGGCUUCUAUAUGCAUAUUUAAGCCCCCAGUUACUCGCAAGAGACCGACGGCAAGCAUGCAGAAUCGAUUGCAACAUCUGGAAAACCUUGUCAAAGGGGCGAUGGCAGGCCAGCCAUCGAAUGGGCAUGAAUAUCCUGCGAGUGAUUCGUAUACACUCUCGUCGGAUUCUGCUUCGCAGUCGCAAGGCCCUACCGACAUUAGUGGGACCUCCGUUGAAACACCCAUCUACAACAAUGACGGCGGGCCGAACACCUCUGGUCAAGUGAUUCUGAGACCGAAUGAGACUACCUAUGUUGGCGCAACUCACUGGGCUGCAAUGCUUGAUGAUAUUGAACAAGUGAAAAUGUACUUCGACGAAGCCGAAGGGGAAGCUUCACUACCUGACGAGAGCGUGCAACCUGGUCUGUCUCUGUUCUCCAACCCUGAAUCAUUCGCUACCAAGGAGGAUCUCUUGGCCGCGCUACCCGAGCGACCCAUAUACAGAAAGUUCUGGGCCGACCCCUACGGCUCUCCGAUCAGUUGGCUUGCGUUGAUAUACUCCAUUAUGGGCCUAGCAACUUUUGCAGCACUAGGAGCAGGCGAAGAAAACCCAGACCCUCGCGGAACUCCAACAGAGAUGAUACGAACAUAUCGUGGAUAUUGUGCACAAUGCCUUAUGCUCUCCAAUAACGCUCAACCAGGACCUUACACUCUCGCAGCCUUCCUGAUUUAUAUGGAGGGUGAAUUGGUUCUCAGCAAAGGCGAUCAACUAAACUGUUAUCUGAUAGUCGCUGUUGCAGUUCGUCUCGCUCUACGAAUGGGCCUCCAUCGAGAUUCGGACAAUGUCGGAGGCAACAUUACGCCUUAUCAGGGCGAGAUGCGGCGCCGCAUCUGGCAUUUGCUAGUACAGAUGGAUUUACUCGUCAGCUUCCAUAACGGCUUACCGUCAAUGGUUCAAGCUAUCAAAAGCGACACUCGGGUCCCACUGAACCUGCUAGACCAGGAUUUUGACGAAGAUACAGCUGAAUUGCCACCUUCCAGGCCGGAGAUCGAAAUCACAGGCAUGUCAUAUACACUUGCCAAAGGUCGAAUCGCCCGAGUAUUUGGCAAAGUUAUCGAGCAAGCAAAUCUCUUGACGCUCCCUCCCUACCAUGAAGUAAGGGCGCUAGAUCAGGAACUACGCCAAUCCUUUGCUGCUGUGCCACCUUUUCUUCGUGUCGUACCAAUGGAACUUUCGAUCACCGAUUCUCCUCAACUCAUUAUACAACGAUUCAGUCUGGCGGUGCUCUUUCACAAGUCUCAAUGCGUCUUGCACCGCAAGUAUCUCAUGAAUGAAAAAGAGAAUACAGAAUUUUCGUAUUCAAAGAAGGCCGGGAUAGACUCUUCAAUGGAGCUUCUAUCGAUCCAGUCCGAGGUUCACGAUGCUGUUCAACCUGGCGGCCCUUUGUGCAAAGACCUGUGGUUUAUCUCAUCAUUACCAAUGCACGAUCUCCUACUCGCCGCGACAAUAGUAUACUUGAGUCUCAUGCAUGAGAGCGAGGGGAGUGCCCUGAAGCCGGGAGAUCUGCAAGAUCCCAACACCAACCAGACAAAGAUGAUAAGAGCGCUGCAAAGAUCAUACAGGAUAUGGACAGAGACGAAAAGCAUGUCGGUUGAUAUUAGGAAAGCCUAUGAUGUGCUGGGCAGUAUGGUGAAACGAGUCAAUUCAAUCUUCCGACACCAUCGUGAAGAUACAGUUGUCUCUACUAGGUCGACUGAAGCUGCAGGAUAUAACAAUGGGGAAUCUAUGUUGAGGCUCUCGCUGAACGAACCAAUACCAUCGCCGGGAGUAUCAACUGGUGUCUUCGAUCUGUUGGGUGGAGGGCAUUACCAAGGGUCGAAUGACACCUUUGUGUCACCAGACCUCGCCAUGCAGUCUGAUCUUGAUGCCAUGCCCAUGCCUAUGGAUCCGUUAGAGGCUUUAUUUGAUACGCCAACGAAAUUUGAUUGGGUGUGUGAUAUUCGAAUCAAAAGCCUAUGGCCAAUCAAGCUAAUCAUUUGA